CGUUCUUCAUACCCACACAGGCACCCGGAUAAAUCUCUAAGUCAUCAUGGCCAACCAAACUCCUGCCGUUGUCAUGGACAACGGUACGGGUUACACAAAGCUCGGUUUCGCCGGCAAUGAUUCUCCGUCUUUCGUCUUCCCUACCGCCAUCGCUACUAAGGGCCCUACCAGCGGAACCGUCGGCCGUUCGGGUAGACCUGGUGGCGGCAACAAUGCUUCAAUGCUUUCGGGAAAGAGAGGUACAGAGGAUCUCGACUACUUCAUCGGCGACGAGGCUCUAGCCGCUUCAAGCGGUCCUGGUUACGGUCUUCACUACCCUAUCCGCCAUGGUCAGGUUGAGAACUGGGAUCAAAUGGAGCGCUUCUGGUCCAACUCGAUAUUCAAGUACCUCCGCGUCGAGCCCGAAGAUCACCACUUCCUCCUUACCGAACCUCCGCUCAACCCUCCAGAGAACCGUGAAGCUACCGCCGAAAUCAUGUUCGAGUCCUUCAACGUCGCUGGUCUUUACAUUGCCGUCCAGGCUGUGUUGGCCCUUGCCGCUUCGUGGACUUCUUCAAAGGUUCAAGACCGCUCCCUGACCGGUACAGUUAUUGACUCCGGAGAGGGUGUUACCCACGUUAUCCCCGUCGCCGAGGGUUACGUUAUCGGUUCUUCCAUCAAGAGUGUGCCCAUCGCUGGUCGUGAUAUCACAUACUUCGUCCAAAGCCUUCUUCGUGACAGAGGUGAACCGGACAGCUCUCUCAAGACGGCCGAGAAGAUCAAGGAGGAAUUCUGUUACGUCUGUCCCGACAUUGUCAAGGAAUUCGCACGCUACGAUCGUGAGCCAGAACGUUUCGGCAAACACACAAUCAACUACCCGAACGGUCGCAAUGCUGUUGUCGAUGUCGGCUACGAGCGUUUCCUUGCUCCCGAAAUCUUCUUCAACCCUGAAAUCUACUCAUCCGACUUCUUGACUCCUCUACCCAACAUCGUCGAUACCGUCAUCCAACAAUCACCCAUCGAUGUCAGAAGAGGUCUCUACAAGAACAUCGUCUUGUCCGGUGGUUCAACCCUUUACGAGAACUUUGGCCGCAGACUUCAGCGCGAUAUCAGACACUUGGUCGACGCUCGUAUUCAGGCUAGCGAGGCUCGCAGUGGUGGUGCCAAGUCGGGUGGUCUUGAUGUCCAGGUCAUUACUCACAAGCGACAACGUCAUGGUCCCUGGUUCGGUGGUAGUUUGUUGGGUCAGACUCCCGAGUUCAAGAGCUACUGUCACACAAAGGCAGAAUACGACGAAUACGGUCCUUCAAUAGUGAGAAGAUUCGCUCUCAUAGGAGGCCCAGGAAGCUCCUAGAUUGCUCAUGUAGAUUACACGCUUUUGUCCAAACUGAAUUCAUCAAAAUUAUUCCAAGUACUCAGAUAGAAGUACGUCCAUUCUGUCUUUAUCAUCUCUUCCUACCGUCAAUCGCUCCCUUGCCACAGGUCGAUCUCGUACGACAGGAUGCCCAUUUGACGAGGCAAAUGAUGUUUUGCAGAUCGUUCUUGGAAAAUCAAUAACAUGUACAUGAAAGAGGGUUACCUACUGCAAUGCAUAUGCUUUAACCAUUGGAGAACCAGCUGGGCGUGCAUAUUUACGACCGACUCGAGCUCGAGGUCGGUUACACCAUGCAGUCUAAAAAUAAUCGGGGUCGUGGAGAAAGCAUGGGGUUCAAAUUCGAU